AUGACCAGGAGCAGCAGCAGCUAUACACCAGCACCAGAAACCAGCAGUCGACCAGGAGGCCCGAAUCGAGAGCCCAAAACAAAAGCGCUAACAAAGCUGGCAAGCAAAACAAGCCAAGAUCAGGCCCGAAACGAUGACGUAGCGGUUCAUCAGCAGCACCAAACGCUACAUCAGCACCAGCAGCAGGCGACGCAGCAGUCCUCACAACAGCACAGGUACAGUCCGCGAAGCUAUGCGGACCGUCUGGGUCGGGCCACAGACUCGCCCAGAUCGGUCAGCCCCAGUGCCCAUGGCUCCGAGGAGCGUCCCCGCAGUCGGGCCGCCUCACAUAACUCGAUUCGACCCCAAUCGCAGCCCAGCCACACAGGUCACAUCUGCGACUCCAGCUCGCAACUAGAGCGCUAUGGAGCGGGCGUGGGUGCGGUUGGGGGAGGCACAACCCCUCUACUGGGCUCCCACGAGGCAAUUGAGGACGAGAUCAAGCGGUUGAGAGAACGCCUGCAUACGGUGGAGUCGGAGAACCAGGCUCUAAACACGAAACUCUCGCAACAGCAGUGGGACCUCGAGAAUCGCCUGGCCGAGAUCGAGAUGCAGAUCUGUGGAGUGUCGUCCACAUCCAGCGUGGAUCCGGAGAACGAGACGGAGGAGCUGGAACGGAAUCGAGAGAGUAUCAUAUAACACGGAAGCGUGCUGCCCCAUCAGCCGAUCGGUAUGGUGUACAUAUCAUGUUCCUCAUGACUCCAUGAUCAUCAUCGAUCAUCUGAAAAUCGAAAAUAUCAAUAAAACGAGGGGGAACGUUGUGAGUUGCUGCGGAGACCGCAACUCUACAGUUAUA